GUAGUCUAUUGGUUUCGCAUAAGGUAACCCUCUUACCCCCUCUGUUGCGCCAAGCCCGGCCGAACCUGUGGUAUCAUACCAUCUUCCCUGAGGUAACUUAACCAUACCUUUACAACUUCUUUCCUCAACCCACAUUCGCCCUUCUACCUUUUCUUCUAAAAUAAUAAUAAUUGAAAUCGCAAGGGUAUUCAGAGGGCCACCAAUAUGGCUGAAUCAUCACUUGCUGCUGACCUGCUAGCCGACUUUAACGAUGAUUCUGACAAUGACGAGGAUUUGGACUUAGAGAAUGCGGAUCUAAACGUUCCAGAGACCGGUAUUCGUUCCAAAUCCCGUGACCUUGGAUUGGAUGGUGAUGAGGAGGAUGAUGAGGACGAAGAGAUGGGGGGAAUAGAAGGUGCUGAGGGGAGUGUGGGAAAUGGUGCUAGAUUACGGAGACGUUCGGAGUCCGAGCUCGCAGAUGACGAUGAUGAAGAGGCGAGGAAGGCAAAAGUAGAAAAGAUGCACCUUGGUGGGGUUGAUGAUGUUCGCAGUGUGGCAGGUUUGAUGAAGGUUCUUGAGCCUGUCCUGGAGAAAAUUCAAUACUACAAAAACCUCCCACCGGCCAAGGGACCCCAAGGAAAUGUCGAGGAUAACCCCGAGUACAAGCUGCUUGUCCAAUCUAAUGCGCACGCCGUAUCCAUUGAUAAUGAGAUCAUUCUCGUUCACAAAUUUAUUCGCGACCACUACGCCGUGAGAUUUCCUGAACUGGAAAACUUAGUUACCAAUCCUUUGGACUAUGCUAAGACAGUUUCUAUAAUCGGUAACGAGUUGGACAUCAAAAACCUUGAGGCCCGUAACGGGAAUCGGCUACGACAGGUCUUGGAUGGGCCGACGUUGAUGGUGGUGACAGUUGAAGCUACGACCACCUCCGGUCGCGACUUGACGGAGAAGGAGUUGACGGUCACAGUGAGAGCCUGUGAAAUGACACAAGCCCUUGACUCAGCCAAACGAACCAUCACGGCUUACGUCGAAUCUCGAAUGUCCAUGUUCGCCCCUAAUACCUCUGCUAUUGUUGGCUCUCAAACUGCAGCUCAGCUCAUCAACUUUGCCGGUGGGCUGCGCGGUCUUGCUGCUACACCAGCUUGCAACAUUGCUGCUCUAGGGUCUAGACGCCAGACUCAAACGGGGCUAGCAACAAACAUUGGCAUUCGACAACAGGGCUAUAUAUUCCACUCACCUAUAAUUCGGGAAAUACCUACGGACCUAAAGGUUCAAGCCAUGCGAAUAGUAUCCGCGAAACUUAUCCUCGCGGCUCGAGUUGACUUCUCGCACUCAUCUCCUGAUGGAUCCCAAGGCGAGGACCUCAAAGAACAGGUCUUGGAAAAGCUCGAGAAACUCACUAUUCCCCCACCUAACAAAGGACCCAAGGCUCUACCAGCGCCUGACGAUAAACCGGCACGUAAGCGUGGAGGUCGUAGGGCACGAAAGGCAAAGGAAGCAACUGCCAUGACUGAUCUCCGCAAGGCUCAGAAUCGUAUGGCAUUUGGCAAACAAGAGGAAGAGACAGGCUAUGGUGUCGGUGAUUCCACCAAGGGCCUUGGCAUGAUUGGCCAGGAACAGAAUGGUCGCAUUAGGGCUCUGCAGGUCGACCAGCGAACCCGUGCAAAGAUGGGCAAAUACAACCCUGGAUGGGCUGGCGCGGCGCCAGUCGGAGGUACGCAGUCUAUACUAGGCACACGAUCCAGCAAUGGGCCAGGCCUUGCGGCGUUGGGUGGUGGUGGAAGGAGUUCUUUUGGCGCCCCAAUGGGCUUGGGAAGUGGUACAGCUAGUAGUCUUGCAUUUACCCCUGUGCAGGGCAUCGAGUUGAUUGAUCCCAAAGUCGCUGCUGAGAGAAAACGGAAAGCCGCGGCCGAAGACGACAGGUACUUUGCUGGGGGCACUUUCAGCAUGGUGGGUAGUGGCGGGUCGAGCGUCAUGCCCCACAAGGAACAGGGAAUUGGCAGAGGAAAGAAUUCCGGGAUGAUGCUACCACCACCAUUGCCCAAGAAGUGAUUCGGUAGAGGAUUCGGUGCCAAAAGCAUGAGUUUUUGGUUUGUGUCCUCUAGGGAAGUCAGAGGUCUUUGGACGGCGUUCUUGUUGUUUAAUGAUGGUACCCCUUUUCCCAUUGCUUUCCCUUCCUUUUUUUUUUUUUAUUUCCUUCCUUUUUUUCCCUUUCUUCUCUGUGCUUGUGACGAUUGUAUGUUUACACGGCAGUAGUAUUUUUAGUUCAGAUUAGAGGGGGUUCAAUAUUUCAAUUGC